UUCUCGUCGAUCCGCUCGCCAUUUCUUUUUCCGUCCCUCCCUGGUUUCGCCUUUUCCGAGGGGAUAUCGGCGCGUGAAACGGAGCUUGUACGAGCUAGGGUUUUGGAUAGUAGUUAGCUUUUGAUUACUCUAGGGUCGAUGAGAUUGCAGAUGCGUGUAAUGUGACUGCGAAGCCGAGCUCCGGAGUUGCAGCUCUCCUACGCUUGUAGGACUAGACUGGACUUACGACCUUGUCAUCGACAUUCCGCCGUUUGGAACUUGUUUUCGUUCUUGUCAGAUUGGGCAGGCUUCGGCUGGUAAUGAACUUCCAAUGCCCGUGUGACGGCCAGAAAAAUAAAAGAACUUGAACUGUGUUGAGUUUCAUGAUUGAUUGAUGCCGCACUGCACAAGUUUCGUUUUUUUCUUGGUUUUGAGGAUGGCCAGGCCUGUAAUGAACUUGGAUCAGAUAUUUUCCUAGGUAAUGAUGUUGUCUAGAUUACUUGAGAAUGCGGCCGAUAUUGGGUUAGGCAAAUGAUCCUAUUUUGAGCUGGGAUCAAGCAAUUGCCCCAACCUUGAUGUGGGGUCGGGGCAAAGGCAUUUGGAUAAGUUGUCCUCUUUCUUUUCCUCCCUUUCUCGAUCAUCCGUGCGCCUUUCGGUUUCUAUUGUUGAUCAGUUUCUCCUUUCAGAAUGUCAUGGUUUUCCAGGGACUGAUAUCUGCUUUUCACUUGAGGUUGCAAGAGUAUUCCGUGGAGACAACCAUAGCGAUGAUCAUUGAUGGAGAUGCUAGUCUGAAGAUCGACACACAGCAUCUGAGAGACCUUAGUUUUCGUAUUUGCUCGAUCUACCAGUUUAUUGGUGAACUCCAGAUUCAACCUGAUAAUGAGGCGGUGUUGAGGGCUCGAGUGGGUAGAAAUGUCGAUGGCCUCAACCUCAACCUCUACUAUCAGUCUUUGCAGCUUGUUAUGCAGUUUCAGGCUGAACGCACGAGGUGUCAAUCAACUUAACAUACCUUUCUACCGAGAAAGGAUCCUCAGAAGUUCUUUUAGGAAGGACACGAGGGUAAACAAACCGAUGAAACUGUUUCCUUUCCAACCCCUCGGCAUCAACAGCAGCAACGGCGGUUGGGAUUUAUGUCUGUCUGGACGGAUUGAUUCUUUUGUAAGUGAAGGAAGCUGAAGUAACGCUGAGUUGAUGAAACAUCAUAGCAUCUAAACUAAGCAUUGCUCGGCAGGGCACAGGAAGAAGCAACUGCUGUAGCUAUUUCACUGGAUGGAUGCAGCUGAGGAACAAUGAUCGACGUGGAGUUCAGUGGCGACACGCCGGAGCUAUGAGGGAAGAAAUCGAUGGAAUCACCUGGGAAGGAGAAGCUUGAAGGGCAAGGUCGUUGCCGAUGUGGGAGAGGCAGGUGAUGGAGCGAGCGAAGGUCUUCAAGGCGUUGCCGCUCUGGGUGAACUCCAUUUUUCGAGCUCUUCGCUUCCCUCUCUGUAGUGACGCUACGGAUUUUUUUGUGGUGGUCGCUGAAAAAUUGGCGGGAUUGGAAGAA